AUGGAGCAAAAGCGUAUAAGGAGGUUUGUGCAGGGACUAAAUGUGGAAAUCCAGGAGGGAUUAGCUGCUAUUCGGAUAGACACUUUUGCUGAUGCCGUAAAGAGAGCUCAGAGGGUUGAAGUUGCCAGAGCUCAAGUAAAAUCCUUCCAGGCUAAGAAAAGAUUUGCACCUAGCAGUAGUCGGGAGCCGACUUAUGCAAAUACUCCACCGGCCAAAGUGGGUCGAGGAACGGGUAGAGUAAAUAGUCCUGGAGCACCACGAGGCGCUCUAGCCAGAGGAGAUAGGGCAAGAGGUGCCGGGAGAAGAGAUAUCAGAGUUAGAGGAGGAUUAAGUGGAAGGAGUCAAACUAGGAACGCCCCGCAAGGAGAUCGUGUGACCACCCCUCAGGUAACUUGUGGGUAUUGCAGGAAGGCUGGCCAUGCUGAGACGGAUGCUGGAGAAAAGAAGAAAAGUGCUUGA